AUGCCGAUGAAUGGUAGCGAAGGAAGCGCCAUGGGAAGCUGGAAGGCCUCCAAGGCGCGUCGAAGUGGGAAAAAUACUAGACCGAACGACUCUAUCACUCAAAAGAGUAGUUCAAAUGACAAGAAGCCGACGCUGGAUAGGCGGAAUUUAAGGCCCUUCGCGCUGGACAAGAGGACGUCUUCUUCGAAAAGCGUUUCCGGGCGCCCCACAAGGGGCGGCUCCGCUUUGCCUGAGCUGCAGAGGGCUUCUGGGGCGCCCGUUCUUGCCCGGGCGGCGAUUGCGGCCUUGCCUGGUGUGCUGGCGUCCCGUGCUACGGGUAGCUGCACGCCGUCUUCGACGUCUUACCAGCGAAAAGGCAAAAAUCCCCCCCCAAAAGGUUCCAAAGGCGCGGGGGUUCCGAAACGGCCAAAGGCGUCGGAUAGGGGGUCCGUGGGAUCGACCUCGAGGAAGUGGCGCGCGGCCAAGUCCGUUAGCACGCGAUCCGCGGGUUCGAUUCGGUCCCGGAAGCUCCCGAGCUCAACCAUGUCCAAAACGCAAGUGUCCAAGCGAAAGUCCUCCUCGAAAGGGCUCAAAACCUUGCCAGGCACCAAACCCACGCGUGGGGGUCGCGGGGUCGCGAAGAGUAUGGGGAAACGGUCUUCCCAGCGGUACCCGUCCUCGUCCACCGGGCGAGGGAGCAAAGCGGCCAGCCUUCAUAGCUCCGUGCGUCAGUACUGGACGGCGCAGUUUGAGAUCCUGGAGGAGGAUCAAUCCUCCCAGCGGCAGGCCAUCCUCGUCGAGGAGGAGCUGGAGCGGGAGGGCUACACCCCUGUGUACAACGUGCUCGUCAUGAAUAUGGUGCGGGUGUGCAUCGAGCAGAUCAAUCGUCAGCAAAAGUUGCUCCGGGAUACGUUUGAUAAGCUUCAAUCGGAUGGGCUGUCCAUCGGAAGUGACGAUAGCAUGGAUGCGGUGCUGGAGAAGCUCCGGAGCCGGAUGAGUAGCGAUGGGGUCGCGGAGUUGCAUCGUCUCCGGGCCGAAAAGGCGAGCCUGCGUGAGCAGUUGGACGCGAAGACGCUGGAGCUGGAGCUUAGGACCUCGGAUUUAGAGGUGCUUCGGCAGAAUGCGAUUUGCACGGUGGCUCAAAAGGUGGCCCGUGUGGAUGUGGAUACCGAGAACCUCAAGGCCAAGGCGGAGAGGGUGCUGUUGGAAGCGACAUUGGACGUGGAAGGGAUGAAGAAGGAGCUUCUAAAGCGCAUCGAUAUCGCCUCGGCGCACCUUCGGACACCACAGUAUGGAACCGCUUUGCGUUCUAUUCGGGUAUUGGCGGAGCAGACGCAGAAGGAGGUACAACGACAUCAUGAUUCUCUCACUGAGCUGAUCUUGUCGAUUGAAGCGAAGAGCAACCUUGCGAAAUUUGUGAGUGCGACCAUGCAUAGUGGCAUUCCUCCAGAGUAUCGGAAAAAACUGCGGCAGAUGAGCAAUGAUAAAUUGUUGAACAUCUUGGAUGUUUUGAGUUUUCAAGAAGGUGUUGUAGAUUGUAUAGGGAAGGUACUUUACGCUCUGGAAGAAUCUGAACAUAAAACGGCUGUCAUUUGA